UUUAUUAUUAUUAUCAUCAUCGCUCCGUGGCUUCUCGUUUCAAUGGCAGUCUGGUGGACUAGAUUGGCUGGGAAGACAAACAGGCCCACUGUGUACAUGUGCCUCGCUACCUUGACCGGCCAUCUCCCCUUCCCCCUCUUCCAGCCCGCCCCCGUUUCUCUCUCUCUCUCUACCCCUCCCUCUCCUACUCCCUCCUCCUCUGCACACCAGUGCGCAUAA